CAAGAAUUGUUUUAGGCAUUCUUACUUAGGAUAUCUUUCAAAUGUAUCGGAAGGACAAAAAACCUAAAGAUUCCGAUCAAUUGGCAGCAGAUUUUGGCAGCAGGUGGCGGCGUGCGGCUGACAAAGACAAUGAAAAAAGCCCAAAGAAAGGUAAAACUCACCGCGAAGAUGAUGAAAGGAAUGACUACGAAACGUAUGCUUACGAAUAUCAAGAUAAAAGCAGUCCUAGAGGGAGAGACAGCAGAACAAGGACAUCUCCACAAAAGCAUCACUUUCCAGAAAGAGCUCAGCCGUGGCGUACAGGACGAACAUAUAAUCAAGGUGCAUCAGGAUCAAGUCACAGAGAAAUUAAUCGUGAACAAGCAAUGUUAAAUUUAGCAGCAACAAAAAUUCAAGCUGCAUUUAAAGGACAUGUGGCGAGGAAACAUUACUGGAGGGAACUGGAACGUCAUCGAGGGUUGCAAAACAGCAUUCAUUCUUAUAAGGCAGAUGAGAUUAGUAUACCAAGUGAAACUUCAGUCGUUGGUAGUUCUAGUUUAAUUGGUUUGGCUGCCAAUGCUGAUCCAAAUUUAGGUUUGACUGCACCUUUGCCUACGCUUGACCAUUCACAAAAGAGCCGAGUGAUUAGAGAUUUGAAAUCCAGAUUAAAUUUUUCCGAGGAAAUUUCAAGCGUUUUUCAACUUCAGUCAGAAUUUUCACCCACUGUCGUGAUUUUUGGAGGACUGAACCCCUACGAACCGAGAGACUAUCUGCUCGGAGGUUCUAUGUUUGUAUAUAAUGUCAAAAAAGAUAAAUGGUAUUUUGGAGGCACAAUGCUUGAACCCCGAAAUUAUCACGGAGCCGUUUACUUGAACGGAAAGAUUUAUAUAACAGGUGGUUAUAGUCCUUUGCAAGUGAGUAAUGGACAAAUGUUGUCGACUCAAAGUCUCUUUCAGUUGACAGUUCGUUCUCAGAGGUGGCGGAUAAGAGCUGAUAUGCAUCAGGCACGAGCAUGUCACGGAACUUGCGUCAUUGAUGAAAAUAUCAUGGUUAUGGGAGGAAGAGACAAUUUUGGAAAAUUAUUAUCUACUGUUGAACUAUAUUACACGAAAAAAGACCAGUGGGUAUUAGUAAAGCCCAUGCCUGAAGCGAUUAUGGGUAUGGCGUGCGCUGUAUUAGAUCACUGCGUAUGGGUUAUUGGAGGCAUAGUAAACGAAGGCCAUUCAUCAAGAUAUGCUGUAUCCAAUCGAGUUUAUGUAUUUGACAUUCAGCAACAAAGCUGGUUCCAUAAGCCUUCGCUGCCAGAGGCUCGUGCUUUUAGCAGUGCAGCGAGUUUAAAACGAGAAAUAUGGCUAUGGUGUGGCGUCAGAGAUGCGCUGAAUGAAGACGGCUAUUUGCUCAGCACCAACACCGUGUUCGUUUUUAAUCCUGAAAUAACAAAAUGGGAGCAUCACACAUCUCUUGCAACUGCGAAGCAUGGCACAGCAGUUGCUAAAUUUGGUAGACGUGUAUAUUUAUUAGGCGGAAUGAACAAUGUGUUUAACUCCAAGGAAGUACUAAACGAAAACGACUUUUAUAACAGAGAAAUUGACAAAUUCACUGAAGGGGCUUCUCUCCCCCGUCCAGUCACAGGUGCUGCCGCAAUAGCCCUGCCCAUCGACUAUAUUGCGACGAGUGACCCUAAAUGGAAUUACGAAAAUAUCGAUGAAGGCGUCAUGAAUGAGGCAGCUACUAAGAUUCAAGCUGUAUUUCGUGGACAUCGAACGAGGAGUCUGAUAUCGCACAAUAAAUAUCCACUUUAUACAGAAGGAUCUGAUAUCAGAAGAAAACUGUAUGCUCCUCAAGCAGAAGUUUAUAGUGAUAAAUGGAAAUUAUUUCAAAGGGUUCAAAUUGAUGAUUGGCCACCUUUGCCAGAUCCAAAAACUUUCUCUUCUGAGUUAAAUAUUCGUUUGGGAACUCUUCCAAAAGGAUAUACAGUAUCCCCGGCAAAAGGGACCAGUAGAACUAAAGUCAAACGAUAUCUUACCUUACCAGAAGAAGUGGACCCUAAUUUAGGAAUAUGUGGGCAUAUUGGUAACAUUUUUAAGAAAACAAAAAAGAUUUUAGGUUUAAGAAGAGUGGAUCACAUACCUCCAUUUGCAAGAGACAUGAGAACCGUAACGACCCUUCAAGAUGAUUCUUUCCCAGUCGUUCUUGUAAUGGGAGGUUUGCAACCGAGGGAGCCUGUUAAUAUGAUUUAUGGUAAAUUGAUAUUGCUGUAUCAUCCAUUGAAGAAUAGAUGGGAGUAUUUUGGGGUUCUACCUGAACCAAGAAAUUAUCAUGCUGCUGUUUAUCAUCGAGAAUUUAUAUAUGUCACAGGUGGUUGUGAUCCAGACAAGCGAAACUGUGGAGAAAUGGUAUCUACUAAAACUGUCUUCUGUUUAAACAUACAUUCAAGUGAGUGGGUCCAGAAAUCUGACAUGCUUUGCACAAGAUCUCAUCAUUCACUUGUUGCCUAUCAAGAUAAAAUAUUUGCUAUAGGAGGCAGGGAUAAUAAUGGAAGGUUAGUUGCAUCAAUUGAGGUAUACGACAUUGAAAGAGACGAGUGGAAGCUCAGACAUCCAAUGUCCUAUCCACGAAUGGGAAUGGCUUGUGCUGUGUAUGAACAUCAUAUCUGGUGUCUUGGCGGAACAGGAGUCUCCGCAGAAACCGACACCAUGAGUUUUCCUGUACUUGCUAGCGUUAUCUCAUACGACAUAUUGAAAGAUGCGUGGCUUACGCGUCCCCCAUUACGAUGUCCCAGGACUUUCGCAUCAUGUGUUGUGGUACAUGACUCCAUGUGGUUAUUUGGUGGUGCAUCAAAGCAUCCGGAAAGUCGGUGUUUAAUUAGCAUGGCAUCAGUUGAUAAGUACUAUGCAAAUGAAGCUCAGUGGAUGAGAAGAACUCUUUUAAAUACUCCGAGGCACGGGGCUGCGGUUGUUGCAGUUGAGAGCUGCGUGUAUACAUUUGGGGGAGUGUGCAGUCAAGAAUGGGGUUCUUUGGCUAAGAAUGAAAUGGUAGUUAUCGAUGAUGUUAGCCUUCAUAGUUGUGCUGAUCUUCCACUACCACUAACGGGUCUGGCCGCUGUCGUCAUUCCUCCAAUCUCACCAUCACUUCGACCAGAAAGUGUAGCUCUUCUUUUACACGCCCAGCUGACGUUCAAUUGACUUAGGAAAAUUAAAAGCAAAUGCAUAGUAACCAAAUGAUGGUAACUCCAAUGAAGAAUUUUUGCCACUAACUCCAUCCUUCAAGAAAAUGACUCUAAAGAACUUAACCAUUAUAUUAUAAAGUUCUAAAUUAUUAAGAAACACGUAUAAGUUUUAGAAUUAAUGCUGAAUAAAUACGUUAUGCGUUGGUUU